AUGUCGUCUGUAUUCGGCUACGGGAGUCUUAUUUGGAAGGCCCCGCCAUUCGACCUGGAAAGCACGCCAGGCUACAUCAAGGGCUUCGUACGACGGUUUGCGCAGGCAUCGCACGACCACCGGGGGACACCAGCGAAUCCAGGUCGAGUGGUGACGCUGGUCACGGAGGAUGACUGGGAGGAGCAUCGGAAGGAUGACCCUCUAGGCUCGCACCAUGUCUGGGGUCGCGUCUACCGGAUACCGAAGGAACGCUCAGACGAGAUCUGGGCGUACCUCGAUCACCGCGAGAAGGACGGCUAUACGUUGCGUACAGUCGACGUCUACGGCAUCGACGAGAACGGAAACGAGAUGGUCGUCGAGGAAGGCGUCCGCGUCUAUGUCGGCGAGACGCGCAACCCAAGCUUUGCCGGAGGCAUGCCAAUGGCAGAGCUGGCGGAUCACAUUGCGCAAUCAGUUGGUCCAUCCGGUGCGAACAAGGACUACGUCUACAACCUCGCCAACGCCGUCCGCCAACUGUGUCCCGCAUCCGAAGACGCUUACCUCAGAGACCUCGAGCGCCUAGUACGCGAACGGGAUCCUGAGCACAACCGAGCCCCCAACGGCCUGUAA